AUGGAAGGAGGUAUAUCGCUUAUGUUCGGAAAGAUGCAUCAAAACAAAAAACACAGAAUUGAAAGAUAGCUGACCAAACCAUAUAUGCAGUUGAGAAGAUUUUGGCGUAGGUCAGAUGAACUCUCUGUAAAAUGAAACUUUGCUUAUGAUUUGGACUACAGAAUGCUACAGAAUUGAAUGUCCUUUUUGUAAGAGAGAUUACGUAACCCGUAUAAAUGCUGUUGACUCUAUACUUAUUUGUUUUCGGAAUUGGUAGUUGAAGGUGCAAUAUGUGACUACUUUGGUAGCCUCCGAAGAUCAAUCAAGAAUGAUACCUGCUGAAAGCUUGCUGUUAAUCAUCUUAUAUAUUUCGUUAUUUUGUGAUAUAUAUGAUAUAAUAUGUUAUGUUAUUAGGAAAUUAAAUAAUGCGGACGAACCCCUUUCAAUAAAGCCAAAAUAUUCAAGAGAUCAUUAUCAUGAUAUUGUACGACAACACAGAAUUUCUGAAAGUCGUGACGAGUUUAAAGAUACUACGGGGUCCACAGAAAGACAUGAAAUUCAAAACAAACUUUCCGAAGCUGUUAAAAUGUUCCAGAACAAGAAAUAUCUCCCAUCAAGUGAGAGCAAUAGGAGUGACAAUAAUUGGGAAUCGAUGAACUUUCCAGGUCGAAAAGUCAGUCGUGUUUAUACCUCCAAAGCAACCAGUUUUCUUUUAUCACAAGCAUUGCUAGACAGUACUCAACCAUUGAUGGGCAAGAGUCAGGAUAUAGUUGUAGGAUUACCCUCCAGAAAGGUGUCAGAAGACAAUUGGGAAGCCAAGAGAGUUCGUUCGCGCAAAAUCAGUCGCGUUCUUAAAGCUCCCGAUACCACAAGUUUGCUUUAUGCCAAGACCCUAGAAGGAGACUCGAGACUGAAAUCUGUGCCAACAUUUGAAGAACCCGAAUCUCCUGAAAUAUAAAAUUCGGAAGAAAGUGGUGUAUCGACUCCUUAGAUAGAAAAGGUGUCGUGUUUUUAGACUUGAAUGGUAUGCCUUAUUCAAGAACUUACUUCACCGAAAUAUUAUUUUUGUAUGAGAAUUGUGAGAAUUUAUAAGUUAAUAAAGCCCAUAACAUUG